CUGCUAAUUUUGUCGCUUAUCGAUGCCGAACCUGUGGAAUUUCACCAUGUAUGUCUUUAUGUUCUGAAUGCUUCCAAAGAGGAAAUCAUGAAGGUCAUGAUUUUAACAUGUUUCGAAGUCAAGCUGGGGGAGCAUGUGAUUGUGGAGAUAAAAGUGUAAUGCGAGAAUCAGGAUUUUGUCAAAGACAUGGGCAACAGAAUCAAAUAAAUAAACCAGAAGCUCCUCCAGAUUUGUUAUGUGUAGCUGAAGCUCUCAUGCCUCGUAUGUUUUUAAGACUUAUUCAGCAUUUAAGAGACAACAGUGAACCAGCUACAAUAGACAGGUAUCAGGCAGCCAUACUUUUUGCUGAUGGGUAUUUGACUAUGUUACAUAAUUAUAGUGAGAUGGGUGCUGCCAUGCGUGAUGUUAUGACACGUGCUCUGAUUAACCCUCAACUUUAUCUCCAAUUGGCUAUCGACUGUGAUUCAGCAAAUCAAGGAGUAUCUGAAUAUAAACUAGAAAAUUUGAAAAAAUUCCUAGAAGCUCGGAAUGGUACUGGCCCCUCAAGUGAUGGUGCUGUGAAAUGGAGUAAUCUUCAUCUAGAUUUCAAGCAAUCAUGUUUCUUAGAUGAACUAGUUUUUUGGACUAUCAAAUUUGAAUUUCCCCAGAAACUUGUGUGCUUGCUUCUAAACAUGAUGCCAGACUUAAAUUAUAAGGAAGCAUUUACUAAAAUAUUUGUCAGGCACUACAAAAGAAUUAGUGAAAUGUUGGCGAGGUCUACAGAUUCUGACACACUUUCUAAUAGAGUUGUGCAUGUUAGUGUCCAACUAUUCAGUAAUGAAGAUCUUGCUUACCAGAUGGCAAAAGACCAUGAUUUGUUGCGAGUUAUGGUAGAUAGUUUGGGUUCAAUGAUGGUUACUAUAUCACAAGACAGUACACUUCAGUGUCCUGACAAGAAUGAGCAUCUUGUAGUAGAUUGUAGUCAUCGUAUCAUGAAAGAACAUUGUUAUUGGCCUCUAGUCAGUGAUCUGAAUAAUGUGCUCACCCAUGAAGCAGUAGCAUUUGAAUUUCUGAAUAAUGUUACCCUUUUGGAUAUUUGGUUCAGGUUUUUGUCCUUGUUCCAAGGAAUGAAUGUAAACCAGAGGGAACUAAAAGCCCAUGUUGAAUUUGAAUCUAACACUUAUUAUGCUGCAUUCUCAGCAGAACUAGAAGCAUCUGCAACACCUAUGUGGGCUUUAAUUUCCCAUCUAAAGAGUCCGGAAACUUUGGAAAAAACAAAAAAUGUUUUACGUAUAUGUCUGCAAGUGUUGCAAGAAUGGUUCGCAGCUAUUGAUUUUUCCUUGAGUGAUGAAAUAAAUGCGUAUCAAGUCUCUUUCCAUCUACCACUUCAUCGCUGUUUCGCAUCCUUUUUAGGCCAAGCUGUUCGUCAACAAGAUGGAUCAUUAGAUAGUCUUCUUCCUUGUGAAGACGUUCUUAAAUUAAUGAUGAUGCAUCCAUUACAAGCACAGGUUGUAUUUAAUGAAAUUUUGUGCAAUAUGUGGGUUCGCAGUGGUCUUCAGAUCAAAGGUCAGGCAAUGACAUACAUACAGUGCCAUUUUUGCAAUUCAAUAGUUGAUGCUGAUCUUUUCCUUUUACAAUUAUGUGCCAUGAAGCUAGAUCCAGACUGGUUUCUUAAAACUGUCAUGCAAAGGUUUCAUGUGUUGGAGUGGUUUACUUUCCAUCCUAGCAGGAAUAAUUCUUUCUUAGAAUCUGAUAAGGUUUUGCCCAUGCUUGAGGGUGCUCUUUCCUUCCUCUGUACCUUAUUAUCUACUCAUACGAAUAUUGGACAAACAGAAGAGGAAGUGACUCGUCAGGAGAUGGUGUCAUUGCUGUGUAUGAGUGACAGAACACAUUCUCAAUUAAUGGAUUUGUUACCUGACAAGUGUGGAGCAACUUCUCAGAAUAAAGAUUUUGAAAGCAUUUUAAAUAAGGUUGCUGAUUAUAAAGCACCAAAUUUUGAAGCUGGAGGAACGAUGCUACAAGGAAUGUUUGUUCCAAAGCCUCAGAUUUGGGAAGAAGAAUAUGAUCCUAUUCAUGUUCUUUUAAGAGCUGUGCACCGUAGGGAAUAUCAGUCAUCAUUAGACAGAUAUACUCAGCACUUACGCCAAGCUAAUAAAUAUUCUGGUUCUCAUGCUCCUUGGCCACCAUUCCGAAUUCCUGGUCCUGUGCACAGAGAGUUUGUAGAUCCUCGUAGAAUUCUCCACAGCAAAACUAUGCAUGGAAUAAUAUUUACUAUUCUGCAUCGGGCUGUGAAUGAUCCAGAUAUACCUGAGCAAAUACUUAGUUUGUGCAUUUAUCUUUUGGACAUGGCUGUGAGAUUUCCAUAUUCAGGGACUCAAAGUAAUGAAAAGAAAGCUCAGAAAGAAGUAAAAGAUCUAAAUUAUGAUGAGUGGUUUGACAGCUCAGAAACUCUUGAAAAUAUAACACGUGUCAUAAGCCGAGUAAUCAUCACAGAGAAAGUACAGAUGUCAAUGAGAAUGGUUGAAGAAAUGGAAGUUGACGAAGAAAUAGAAAUUGUGGAUAUGGACAUAGAUAUAUAUGACAUUCAAAGUCCCAUAGUGGAAGAAGAUGUACAAGAGUCAGGGAGCCAGCAACCUGCAUUGCCUGCAAGUAGCACUCGGCUUGCUUUACCAGCUCCUGUUUCUUCUACUACUAAUACUCAGUUAGUACCUAUAGCUUAUACAAGUGGCAGUGGAGAAUUAGCAGUAGUUCCUUCUACAUCUAGCUCUUCUACAUCGUCUUCCACAUCAAGUUCCUCUACAUCUCAAGACUUCUUUCCUACUUCAUCUCAACAACCAGCUGUUGCAUCUGGCAGCAAUUCUUUCAAUAUGGCUUUGAUUCCUACUUCUGAAGGUUUGGCUACUGUAAGACCUAAAUGCCUAAGGUUAAAGCAAGUACCAGGACGACAUAGGAUGUUGCUUUUAGAUAAAGGACUUCCACUAGUCUCUGACAAUGGCUUACCCAUGCCUGUGGGCUGUAAAUGUGGAAGUUCUGGAGAAUCCAGGUAUCUACCAUUCAGUAACAAAAGAAUGAUUGCUGUCAAUGAAAGCAUACUCUCACUUCUUUUGCAACUCCAUUCAAAACUGUCAGAAAAACCAGAUUCAUAUAGGAUUAAGCCAAGAGAAUCAUUGUCGCAGGAAUCCAUCAAUUUAAGAAUUGGAGAUGGUGUUACAUAUAUAGAAAGAUUAAUUGAUCACAUUGCUGCUUCAGGUGAAAAUAAAGUUUCUGUAAUUCAGAACAUUAAACAGAGACUGUGGCCUAAAAAAACUGAUUCUUCUGCAUCUCCAUCUUCAGAAUAUAUGUCAGAAAAUUUGGAUAAAGAAGUAAAGAGAAGGAGAGCUAAAGAAAGACAGCAAAAGCUAAUGGCUGAGUUUGCUUCAAAGCAGAAAGCUUUUAUGCAGAAAACAUUAGAAACAGAUUCUAAAGAAUCCUUAUUUGAAGAUAGUUUAAUUAAUGAAGAUAAGGAAUAUGAGUGUGUUAUCUGUGGGCAGAUGACAGCAUCAGAAGAAGAAAGGCCUGUUGGAAUGGUUGUUUUGUUGCAAGCUACAAGUGUGAUUGGACAUUACCACCAGAACCCUGUUCGUAAGCUACCCUGUGGAGAUGAUGAAAGAUUGGAUCUUCAGAAGGGGAAAACUCUGGCUGCAAUAGUUGAAAACAAAAUUGAUCUGCUUGCAAGACAUUUUGAUAAUCAAAACUGGCCAUUGGCAUUAAAUAUUGGAUGGGAAGGUGGAGUCCAUGUUCAAUCAUGUGGUCAUUAUUUACACAUUGACUGCCAUAAAUCUUAUAUACAGUCUCUUAAGAAUCAAAGCCAGUUAUCAUCACGCUUGCAAAAUUUAGCUGUUGAUCGAGGGGAAUAUUCUUGCCCCUUAUGCCGUCAACUGGCGAAUUCUGUUAUACCUAUAAUUCCCAAUUUUGGAAGAACAGCAGCACUUGUUAAUUGCCCUGGGAGGACACUUAGUAAUCUUGCAUCAGAUCUGAGUAAACUGGUGCCAUCUCAUCUAUCAGAGCGAGAAGAAAAUCUUCUAAAACAGUACGUGGGUGGUAUCAUGGAAGACAUAACGCAUGCUACUUACCCUCAGUAUCGUUCAGUUUGCUCGCCUAAUCCAAGUAGCCUCUUCUUGUUUGUUUGUUCCAUAGCGAGAACAAACCUAGAAGUUGAACUGGUUCAAAGAGGUGGGACGCUGAAUAAUCCACUGAAAAAGAAAUCAUGUUUUUUGCCAUUACUUCAUGUGUUAUCAAUGCACUCACGUUUAUUAACUGCUCAAUCGGUCCCUAAUGUAGUAUGGCCAAGAUUGACUGGUCAAAUGCCUUCAGAUCAUUAUUCUGUUGCAGUGUGGGAUGCUGAAGUUCCUCUUCUGCUUAGAGAUUGUACAGCAUUACUAUUACAAAUGAUUUUGACAAUACCAUUAAAUUUGGAGAAAGCUUACUACAGAUGUAUGAUACAAAUUCUCUACAACUUUCAGUAUGUACAAGCUAUUGUCCAACUUAGCUGUAACUUAACCUGUAGCCAAAGACAUAUGGCAAAAAGAAAUGGAAUGCAAAAAUCUAAUUCGAGAGAAAUCUCUGAAAAAGAGACAUUGGAGGAAAAUUCAAAAAAUAUUUGGGAAAAAACUAAUGAAGAUGCAGAUUUCAAUGACCUAACAGUAAUUCUUGGUGAAGUGAUAAGCCAACUUGAACAUAGCUCAGUGUACUAUACAAAUGACGAUGAGAUGGAUCCUGCUCAGAGAUCCAUUGAAUGGACUGAGGAAUCAAUGGAAAAGUUUGUCCGAGAUUAUUGCUUACAUUUCUUGAAAAUUGCGUCUUUGCUGCAAAGCCAUUUGUAUGAAGAGGAAGUUCCUCAGAUGAAACCUUCUGAAAGUGAAUUUCAGCAUCUGUGCCAGUUUUUGGGUCUCAGUCAUCUGUUCAACUUAGAAUUUACAGCAGCCACAUGCAUACAGUGGGUUGUUCAUGAUCCCAGAAUUCUAAUUGGGACUUGGUGUCAAGAUUUUAUGAAUUUUGCCAAUAAAUCAGUUAUGGCUGCAAGGGUUCUGUUGCAACGUCCCAUUAUUUGGUAUCCGCCUGCUCUGCUCAAACUCCCUCAGAACUAUGAUGAAAUUUUCAAGUACUAUCACAAAAAACCAUGUAGAGUUUGUCACAGUGAGCCUAAAGACCCAUCGCUUUGCCUUGUUUGUGGUACUAUGGUGUGCUUAAGAGAGAACUGUUGUCGGCAGCAAGCACACUAUGAAGCUGUGCUGCAUUCUGUUAUUUGUGGUGCUGGGACUGCAAUGUAUCUUGCUGUAAAUUCAUCAACUAUAAUAGUAAUUCGUGGAAAGCGAGCAUGUCUUUGGGGCUCAGUCUAUCUUGAUAGCUAUGGAGAAGAAGACAGAGAUCUGAAACGUGGCAAACCGCUGUUUUUGAGUGAAGAUCGUUAUAAUCUUUUACAACAACAGUGGAUUAACCAUAGCUUUGAUCACACUAAUAAAAGAUGGGUUUGGCACAAGGACAAUUUAUAACAUUUAAUUUUAAUUAUGUAAAUUUCCUGCCCAGAGAAAAUAGACUCUGUUUUCAGAGCAUUUGUAUAAUAAAUUGUUUUUGAUGUUGUUUAAAGAAAUUGAACAUGCAAUGGCAGUGGAUCUUUUCAGAAUGUACUGAAAAUAAGCAGUUUUACUUGGUCAAUUUUAUUGUCAUUAAAAAAUAUUGAGAAUCAAUUUUAAAAAAAAAGGUGGUGUAUAUUUUUUUGCUUAAUUCGGAUUAUAAGCACACAUGAGUCUCAAUUCAUUUUAAAUUAUGUAAAAUUAUUAUCAAUUUAGUAUAUUUCAUAUUUACUCUAUACUUUCCUGUAACGUAAAACAGUUUAGAUGGUUAAAGAAAAUCAUGUACUGCAUAUGAGGUUGUUACUGAUUAUCUUUUAAUCCUGCUUAUUAUUUUAUGCAUACUUUUAUAUCAAGGAAACAAAAAAGGUGCUAAAUGGUUAAAUUUAUCCAGGUGAUUGAGUUCUGUCAAGACACAGUGAAACUUUAUAAUUCUAAAUGUAUUAUUCAUUUUUCUUAGCUGAACAAAGAUGCAUGCCAUAUUAGUGCAGUUCCUUAAAUACUAGACAGUAAGAAGAAAAAAAAUAGGUAAUUGUAAGCAAUAUCAAAAUUUUAGUUUAGGUAUUUGAGACAUAAUUUUUGCAUCUUGAAGUUUAUCAUUUUUGUUUCAAGGUUAUCACUUAUGUUCAAGUUUUCAGAAAAAAAUAAUAAUAAUUUGUAAUGAGUAGCUUAGCAUGAUAUGCAAAUAAUAAGUAAAGAAUAUUGCAGAAAUGCUCACAAGUCAUUUUUAUUAUGCAGAAUGAAUUGCCUUUUUAAACAUAUUUUCUAUUUCAACUAUUAAUGAAAAUAAGAAAUCUUAAAAUAAAGCAGAAAGUUAUUUGAUACAAGCCUCAAUUCUGAAUAAAUGUAAGAAAUAUUAAAAUUUGAAUAUCUUAGUUAAAACUUAUCUUAACAGUCUUCCUCCUUCUCAGUUAUCUUAAACUAAAUCAUUUUGAGCAUAUUUUUGAAAAAAAUUAACAAAGCCGUUUUCCUAUAACUAUUACUGUAAUAAAACUUUAUAGUAGCUAAAAUUUUAAAGAUAUUCAUAUUUCUCUCUAUUUUUAAAUUGAAUUCUUUUACUCAUUAUGCAUGUAAUUAUUUACUGUUGUGUUUUUCCUCCAUUUAUUUAAAAUAGAUUAUAAAUGAUGUAAAUAUUUCUUUUAUGUUUGUAAGUACUAAUUAAAAAUAUAAAAUUCCUUUCUAAAAUAGCAACAACAUUUGAUGAUUUGCUAUGUUUUAUCACCUGAGUACUGUUUUAAAAUUUAUUUAAAUUUGCAUGUAUUAUAAUAUUGGUUACGGCAAUGUUGAAAAUGAUGUCAUGAUUUAAUGUAGCGGUAUUUUGAGUGGAAAUGCUAAAUGGUAUGUGUGUCAUUGUACUAAUAUCUCUCUAUGAGUUAGAGAUUUUGUUCUGAAGCACUUUUGUUGCUACAUACGGGUUAAAAAAAUACUAAUUACGUUGCUCCUUCUGAAUAAAAAAUUAAUGCGUUUCUCUGCCAAGUGUUUGUUUUCUUUUAGUAUGGGGCUUCCAUACUAUCAGGGAAAAAUCCUCUCCCUCCGUUUAUUUGAAAAUAACUUAAGCUAUAUAUAAAUGAUUUUUUUUUUCCUUUUUCUUUUUUUUUUUUUUUUUUUUUUUAAUUUCACAUUUGGUCUUAUUUUUCCCAUGUAAAAUUUUUUUCUAAAGUCUGCUUUUAUUAAGAUAAUAAAUUAAUGAAAAAAAAUGCAGUUAAACCCUUAUCCAGUACAGAGGCAAAUAAUUUUUAUAACUAUAGCAAGUUGAAUUUCAGUGCACAUUGCAAAAUAUAUUGGUGCCAGAGAACUGUUGAAAAUACGGUAAUAAGAUUUCUUAGUUUGUGUUUUAGUUUUUGGUAGUCUAACAUUUUUAUUUACCAGCUUUGCUCUUUGAAACUUGUCAAUGUAUGACUUAAAUAUAUAUAUAUAGACCGUCUGUCUUUAUAUCUAGUAUUUUUUGGCGAUAUCACUGACACUCAUAUGUCUAUGUUUUCAUAAAAAUAUGGAAAAAUGACUAGGAGUAUUAUUGGGCAUAGAUAUAGGUAUUGGAUAAAUAAACUUUUUUAUUAUAAAUUUCAGUUUUUGGUUACUUAAUAUCUCGAGCUUGAAAUAAAUAUAUCUUCAAAAUUCAAGAAAUUAGCAACUGAAGAUGUGAAUAGCUACUAUGGUGUUUUCUAGUUUGAAGGAAAGGUCUCUUAUUUAAAAAUGCAAAAAUCUACGUUUUUUUUUUUUUUUUUUUUUUUUUCUGUGUGUGUGUGUGUGUGUUUUGCAUCAAAUAUUCUCUCAUUAUUGCUUUGUAAUCAUCCCUCAAAAAAGAAUACAUUUAAAGUUUCUAGUACAUGCAUGAUUAAUUGUUUUUAACAUUAUUAAUUAUCAAUUCAAGUAUUUUUAAAUAUAAUUUUGGAUAUGAUGGACACCAUUUAUUCAGUUAAAGAGAGAUUGAAAAUUCUCACUUUUUCAGUAGUUAUACAAACUUUAUUUAGAUCUGGCUUUAGAGCAAAAAUUUUGAUAUAAUUGCAGAUAGUAAAAAACAAAUUUGUGGGAUAUUGCUGUGUGUUCAGAUAAGUUGAUUAAGUAGUGGUCUAUAUCUAAAGCUGGUAGUUUACAGUGAAAAAAGCUAUUAUUGAUACUAACAGCCUCAGCAUUUGUCACAGGAUCAGUUGUCCCAAAACUAAAGAAUAAGGUUGCUGUUAGAUAUAUUGUAAAAGUAAAUUUUACACUGUGUUGUUUGCAACAACAGAAAAACUGCUUUAUAUGUUCAUGAUAAUCUGUGAGCUAAGCAUAUAUUUUUGUAAUGAUAAAUAUAGAUCAGAAUAGUUUUGUAGCACAUUUUGUGUUAUGAAAGUUUUAAAUAUUUAAAACAUAUGUAUUUAAUUUUUCUAAACAUUGAAGUUUAAUUUCUAAACACUGUUUGUCAUAAAAAGUAUUUUCCAUGUUCUGUUGUUAAAUAAGAAUUCUUAUCCAGUAGACAGCUAUGCUAACUAUGUGAGAAAUAGUCUUGUGGCUUUGCUAAUGAAAUAAAGAGAUCAUAGAUUUUCUAUUUCAAUACUCAGAGAUGACUGUAGAAAACCCUGUAGUUUGGAAUAACUUUAGACCAUUAACUAAACAUUAAUAUUACUCAAAUUGCUGAUUGCCAGGAACUGUUUAAGCCAAAUUUUAGAUGUCUGACUUUUUUCUAAAAUUUUUUUAUAACACAGAAUUUAUUUAUAUCUUUCAUCUUUCAUUCAUUUUUCAUGCAAUAAAAUAAUUUGCAUUUUUUUUUUUUUUUUUUUUUUUUUCUUUUUUUGGUUGUGGUGUGUGGUAUGUUAUUUCCUCUCCCCUUCCUUCUUCUGAUUGUGCAUAUUUAAAUUUCCCCCAGAAAAUUAUUUUUGCAGUUAAGGUAAAGAUACUUUUUGCCUCCACAACAGAAUUCUUCCAAGCUUGCAUAUUUUCUAAUUAUCAAACAUUUUUGUCUUCGUAGCACUAGUAGUGGCAGAAUCAAAAUUCAAAUCAAUCCCUGUAAGAUGUGUAAAUUCAACUAUGAAAUGUACUUUUAAGCAAGAAGAUGAGUUUGAUGCUUUUACAAAAAAACUUUUUGUUUUACAAAUGGCAUGAGAGCCUCAUUAAACUUUUUGGAAUGAUUUACGAAAAUUGCUUCUGAAAGUAUUUAUGCAACGGAUUCCCCUUGUUUCAGUGGAUAUGCCAGUGAUCAUUAAAAUGUGGACUUUUAAUGCAAUGAUCAUAUGAAAAUACAUUUCAAUUUGUUUGACUUUUUAUUAUUGUUUGAUCUUUAAAUCAAGAUUUUAAUGUGACAACUAUAAUUGUUGAACAUGUGUAAUGCUAGAAAAGCAUCUGUUUUCAUUAAUUUUUCCAGCUAAUUUUAUGUUUACUGGAGUAAAAAUUAAAGAGGUUAGUUUUCAGUUGGAGUUCAAAGUAGGUUUGGACCAUUUUGGUGGCGUGGCAAGUUCCCCUUUCAAUAUUGAAAUAAGCUGUAAUAUUUCACACUAAUUAUUGCCAAGUAAAUACCUCAUCAGAACUUCAAAAUGAAAAUCAACAACUAUUUGCAAGCAUUUCUUUUAUCACUAUAAUACUGGGAUCUAAUAAUGAAUGAUAAUUAACAGUGUGGAUAUAUAUGCGAGUCAUUUUGGUUGUGUAUUUUUGUGUAACUAGAAGUUGCCAUUUUAUUGUGAAACAAUUAUAAUGUCAAGGGGCAGUUACAAAAUUCCAUCCAUAUAAAUUCAGUCUGUAGCAAAUAAUGUAAUUAGUUAUGAAAUGCAACAAAAUAUAAGCUAUCUUGAUGAAAUAUUGAGAAGAUAUACUCUGCUUGAAUAUUAACCCUUUUAAUAGUCAGCAUUCCAGUUAUGUAUUGCAGCUGACAGAAAUGAACACAGCUUGCAUUACAAAUUUAAGGCUGACAGUUAUCACACAUAUUUGGGAAGGAAAAAUUGUUUAAUCUUGAAACCGCUGAAUUGUUAACUACAUACUGACUACAUUAUUGUCUUCUUUUUCUGUGUUAUUAUAUACAUUAUUGAAACUUUUAUCUACUGCGCUAUAAGGAAUUCCAUUCAAUUUUUAAAAAUUUUGAAUGGAAAUGAAGGAGAAUAUUCAGAGACCUUUUUAUGUAGUGUUUUAAAUUUUUUUCACAACGUAGAAUUCUUGGUCAGAAACUGUUAUUGGAUAAAGGUUUGCUGUUAUGGUAAUCGUGUGUAGUAUUUGUCUUAAAACGAUUUUAUUUGGUAAGUAUUGCAUAGAAAUUAUAGAAUUCUAGAACUGAGCCAAUGUUUAUAUUAAGUGCAUAAAAGUUGAUCUUGAAAAUUUAGUUCUAAUUUUUUAACAGCAGAGAAGUAUGUUAUAUAUCUUGACUAUACCAUAGACAAACUUAGUUAAAGUUAUUUUUAUAAAAAAUUAUUAUUGCCAGGAUAAUGUAAAAGUUAUUGCUUAUAUGUAAAAUAUUGUAGAUUUAUGGAAUUUUGUCUUUGUAGUAGAUUUAGAAGAGUGUGUUUUGUUAAUAUGGUGAAAAUAAAGCUUGUAAAUGAAAAUGUAAUAAGUAUAAAUGUUAAGCAAAAAGUGUGCUUUAUCCAAAUCUUAUAUUUCCAAUCACUUGUUUUGAAUUAAACUGCAAAAGUUAACAGUUUUACAUUGUUUCAUAUUUUUCUUCAGAUUUCUUGGAAGUAGAAUUCUUAGAUAUUUGUCAUUUCAGAAAUUAAUUUUUAAAAAUUAUAUUUUUAGAUGUUCUGUUGUUAUUAUCAAAGAUGUGUAGUAAUACUGAAUACAAUGCAAAUUUUUAAUUGUGAGGAAAGAAAUAUCCCCAAUUUCAUUAUCAAGAUAAGUAUUGUGUAAAACAAUGGGAAAAUAUUGUGAGCUAAAAAUCUCUAUGUGCUAAAACCCUUUUAAAUGUUACACUAUUAUGAUUUGUAGUAUAUAUUGUAAAAUGCUGUAAUUUAUUUGUGGAAGUGCUAUAAAAUUUAAUUAUUCUUAUU